UCCGACAUCAACACUGGCUGCGAUCUUCGGAUGGAGAAGGACCGUACACAGUACACAGACAGUCACAAAAGAGACUGUGUGGGGCAGUGAUCGUUUUAUGAAACUGACGUUGGAGUUUGACAUUUCGGGAAACAGUACGAAGGACCCACAACAUGACGGAAGUCAAGCCCAAGGGAUUGUCUUUGAGACCAGUAAAUGUGGAGAACAAAGGGCAGAUAACCUCUCUGAUGGGUAAGAUGAAGUUGGAGCCCCAGAAGAAAGCUAAGCCGGCUGUGGUCUGCAGGGCUUCAGUACCUGUCCCUGAAUCUACCGCCCGGUCAUCUGGUCGUAGUCCCCCUCCCAAAUCAGCCGAAUCCCUACCCCACACGCCACAGGACCUGCCCCCAGAACUUCCUCCAAAAACAAAGAGAUCACUGUCCUUCUCCAUUCCACAUUUUGACGAGAAUCACGAAGAGAAGCAGAGAGAGAUAGAGGACAUUGAGCAGGAGCUAGCCAGGGACUUAUUUAAAUCUCCGACUUACGCCAGGGAUAUAUAUAUCUACCUACAGAUCGUAGAGAAGAGGUGGCAGAUCCCCAAGGACUUCCUGGAUGACAGUAUUAUAACUCCCAAGACACGGGCAGUGCUGAUGGACUGGUUCAUCCAAGUCCAGGUCUACCUAGAGCUCCUGGACACUACUUUACACCUGUCUGUGGUUCUGGUUGACCGAUUCCUCAGCAUUCAGAAGGUGACCCCCAGCUCCUUACAGCUGCUGGGUAUUACCUGUAUCCUCAUAGCAGCCAAGUAUUACGAGAGAUUUCCUCCUCAGGUGUCUGACUUGGUUUACCUGACAGACAAUACCUAUAAGGUGAAACAGGUGUUUACUAUGGAGAGGAUUGUGCUGUCUAAGUUCAACUUUGACCUGAACUCCACUGACCCUGUGUCCACUAUGGAACAUUUCCUACAGAUAUCUGGUGCAGACAGAAUG